UAAAAAAAUAACAAAUGAAAUGUUUGAUUGUAGGAGAUUCAGAAUAUCCCUUGGCACCAUAUAUGCUAACACCUUUCAGAAAUACUGAGGAGGCGUCUUUGGAAGCUCGUUUCAACAAAAAGCAUGCACAAGGGCGGAAUAUCAUAGAGAGAACGAUUGGUUUACUAAAAAGUAGAUUUCGUUGCCUGCUAGGUGCAAGGGAGCUACAUUAUACGCCUCAGAAGGCAACGCAAAUAGUCAAUGUUUGUGUUGCACUCCACAACAUUUGUUUGAAAUAUAACAUUGCAUUAGAUGAUGAAAUGGACCAUACAGUAAUUGGUUAUGAAGGAAGUAACGAAAUUCCGGAAGAAGAAUAAAAUAGACUGAA